CGCGGGCGCGGGGACCAUGGAGCCGCCGUCGCCGCCGGCCGCCCCCCCGGGCCGGGGCCGCAAGAAGCGGGAGCCCGAACCGCCCCCGAUUCCUCUUUUUGGAUCCAAGUCUUUUGGCCGGAGAAGCCCAGAUGGACCAGCGCUGAGCAAAGCUGAAUUUGUUGAGAAAGUUCGUCAGAGCAACCAGGCCUGUCAGGAUGGAGAUUUCAACACGGCCAUCGUCCUGUAUAAUGAGGCCCUUGCCGUGGACCCUCAGAACUGUAUCUUGUACAGUAAUAGGUCUGCAGCUUACCUGAAAAUCCAGGAAUAUCAUAAGGCCCUGGAUGAUGCAAUCAAAGCCCGACUUCUAAAUCCCAAAUGGCCAAAGCGGGCUAUUUUUGUGUAAAGGGGAAGAGCCCUAGACAGAAGACUCUCUCUUCCAUCCCUACCCCCAAACUAAAAGGAAAUUUUCUCUGCACGGCGUCAGUUUGAGAAAAAUGGGAAUGUUAUCAAUCAUAUACUGUGCUAUCUUCGUAUGAGGAGAUUUAAAUUGCACUGGAUGGAGCAUGGAGAAUUGGCAUGAGGAUGUAUAAAAAUUCACCAAAUGGGAAAGGAUAUGGGGAAGAAAGGCUCACAAUGGAGAUAAUAAGGAUUACCCAGGAUCUCAGUGUUAAAACCAAAAGCAUGUACAUACAUAUCCAUAUGUAUGUAUUCUUCCAUUAAAGACAAACAAAGCUAACAGAACAAAGUGUUGUCGCUCCAGGUUCUUCUUUUGUUCGGGGACUUUCAUAAGCUGCGGAGUUCUGUUUGACUUCCAUCUAUCAUUUUUAUGUACUUCAUGUAUACUUAUAGUCUAAUUUGUAUUUAUUUGGGUGCAUGAUUUAUUACUCCUACUAGAUCGUAAUCUUCUUGAAGGCAGGGGCCAUAACUUAUCGUCUUUAUCUGCUCCCCCAUGUGGCAGGCUUUCUACGAUUUAAUCUACACAGUUGCUUCCUCCAACAGUAACCCCUCAUUAGU